AUGGACUCCCAAAGUCGUAUAAGCCUUACGAGUACACGAACAGAUCACUUUAAUAUGAUUUUACAAGUUUUCAGGGACGUGACUCCUGUCAUCACGAGCGGGAUUCUCACUGUGAUCCUCCUAUCAUGCGCAAUGUUUGGUCUCCAGACUUAUUUCAACUUCACCCAGGGGCUUUUUAGCGUUGGUUCAAGUGUUUUUGUACAUGGACACCUUCACAGGCUCUUAACGUACCCUAUUUACCACAGGUCACUGGCUCAGCUCUUCCUGAGCAUCAUAACGCUGGUGUUUCUCAGCAGCAGUCUGGAGAAAGGUGUCGGCACGGUGCGUUUCCUGUUCCUGUUCAUCGUGCUGUCCACCACCACCGGCGUGUUUUACGCCUUCCUGGAUCUCCUGCAGGAUGUAAGCAGCCAGAAGCACACCGAGGGGCUGGUUCCUGUUGCCCUUGCCUGUGUGGCCUUAACUACCAUGCACACAAAAAUGACUAAAGGCUUCCUGUGUGGGGUCAGUUUCCCCACCAUGGCCCUCCCCUGGGUGUUCCUCAUCAUCACCACUGCUCUCAUCCCUGACUGUGUGCUCCUCUGUAAUGUCAUCGCCAUCCUGAUUGGGUGGUUUUAUGGUAAAGGAUGGUUCUCCCGUGUGGACAUGUCUGAGGCCAGGGCUGUCGUCCUGGAGAGGAUCAUACCCUUCAGGUUGUUGAGGAGCAUCUGUCCUGUGAUGUUUGUCCCUGCUUCCACAGAGGAGAGGAGGAAGACCCUCCUUCCAGAAAUCAAUCCGACCCCCGGGUCCUACCCGGUUCAGGCUUACGCUCCACUGUCCAGCAUUAACACCACUGAUACCACUAAGAUGUAUGAAGGCUGGCCGAGCUCACCCAGUGCCCUGUCCAGUCCCACACCAUCUGUCAUUCCUCAUGGCUCCACACACAGCUCUGGGACGAGUCAUGGACAGAGUUUUGACCAAACCUGCAACCACAACCAUUUCUCUCACAGUCAUGAUCAACUAUAGUUAUAUUUGUUUAUUGGCUUUACAGAUAAGUCAUAUUCUAUUAAUAGUGCUUUAUUUUCCACAAAAAGUGAUGGGAUCUUUUUUCAUUGAAUUGUGUGGACUACAUUGUGUAGUCUCUGUCUGCCUGUAUAAAAUUAUAUUUUUCUGAAUGUUUUAAUGCUACGGGUAACUUGUGUUCUUAAACUUAAAAAUGUACUCCAUGUGUUUUAUAUAAUUUUUACAAAUAAAUAUAUAAAACAAAGUAUCCAGAAACUUGUGUUCACACAUGAAAACCCCUGAUUUGUGUGAACAUCCUGUCCUGUCUUCAGGCCAGAUGCAGGAUAACAUAUGUUUAUUUCAACUUUAAAAGAAAUUGUGAUUCUCUGCACACAGGAUUUUUUUUAUUUGACUAGAAAAACCCAACAUUUAGACCCCACCAUAUCUUCAACUCUGAUUAUUGAUAAUGUGCCUUAAAGGUCAUAUUGUGAGAAUUUUUUGUUUGAUCGCUUGACAAUG